GACAUCAUCCAUGAUCCUGGCCGAGGCGCUCCCCUGGCCAAGAUUGCCUUCCGUGACCCGUACCGGUUUAAGAAGAGGACAGAGCUGUUCAUUGCUGCAGAGGGUAUUCACACCGGGCAGUUCGUGUACUGUGGCAAGAAAGCUCAGCUGAACAUUGGCAAUGUCCUGCCUGUUGGCACUAUGCCAGAAGGGACCAUCGUGUGCUGCCUUGAGGAGAAACCUGGUGACCGUGGAAAGCUGGCCCGUGCUUCUGGAAACUACGCCACCGUUAUCUCUCAUAACCCAGAAACAAAGAAAACGAGAGUGAAGCUGCCUUCUGGCUCCAAGAAAGUGAUUUCUUCUGCAAACAGAGCUGUUGUUGGGAUUGUUGCUGGUGGAGGCCGUAUUGACAAGCCCAUCCUGAAGGCUGGCCGUGCCUAUCACAAAUACAAGGCGAAGAGAAACUGCUGGCCACGUGUCCGUGGUGUGGCCAUGAAUCCUGUAGAACAUCCCUUUGGUGGUGGUAACCAUCAGCACAUUGGCAAGCCCUCAACCAUCAGGAGAGAUGCUCCUGCUGGGCGCAAAGUUGGUCUCAUUGCUGCCCGCCGUACCGGUAGGCUGCGUGGAACAAAGACUGUGCAGGAAAAGGAGAACUAAAGACCCACUGUGGAGUUUACAGAAUAAAUUCUUAAAAC